AUUAUUUAUUUGAUUUGGACUCGUUUAAUGGACAAUAUCUCACUUGAGCCUUCAAAGCAUUCAUCCAAAGAUUUGGACACAUUAUUAGCCAAAUUAGAGAAUGACAACAAACUGUUGGCUGAGCUCGACUGCAAACUUAAGACUAAGACCACCACCGCAGCCAACAAUACCUACAGCGCCGGUAGUAUUAUCGAACUGCCAGACAGUGGUGUCGAGUCGUUGGACAACACCACUUCUAUUAACGUCGGCGCCAUUAGCGGCGGUCAUUCAAUAUCGACGUCGAUGCCUUCAUUGACAUCCGCUUACUUAUAUCAGACGCCAUCGUUAACCGAUUCGGGUAUCGGCACCGGCAGUCAGGGAUCGAAAAGUUCUACACAGACAGUCAAAUCGGGUUUGUCUGGAUCUGCACUGUUGGCGCAGAACGGAAAUAAAUCGUUGUCCACAUCGCAACAUAUGGUCAACCAUUUGCUCGACGACGACCUGGACAUGAUGGACAUGGAGCUGAUGCACGAUACCGACUAUUUGGACAGUCUAGUCCGCGACAGUAGUAGUAAUAGCCGACUGAAGCUGAUGAGCUCAGCGGACCGUUUGCUUGACGAUAAUGACCUACUAUUGCUGAGCAGUACCGCCGGCCGUCACAGUAGCAGUCAUUUGCGGCAUAGGCUAACAAAAAUGCAUUCAAAAACCACUGACGCCAUUACGCCUUAUCAUUUGCACACAUCGUCGUACGAACCACUUAUCAAACAUACCGGAGCUUUGAUCGACAAUAAAACGCCUUCACUCUCCACGCGACACGAUUUGGACAAACUGAUGGCCAAACUGGAUCAGGACAACAAAAUAUUGGCCGAACUGGACCGCAAACUACGCAACGUAACCAGCAGUGGCCUCAUUGACUCGGCAAUGGCCGCACACUAUUAUCCCAUGUCUUCGUCGUUGCCUUCGCUAAACACGGCGUCAUCGGCAGCACUGUUCCGCUCAUCCAUGCAGCCAAUGGACAGACCAGCUAUUGGCGGACCAAUUAUGGGAACGUCGGCCCUGUUGGCCGGCUUACAGGCCAAAUCAUUGGCUAGCGUGCCACAGUCGGCGACCGUACCUACGAUUGCCGCCGGCGCGGCGGCGCACAACGGCCACCAAUUUUUGCAUACAUCGCAUACACCGUUUCACCAGCCCGUCGAUGAACUAAAACUGGCCGAAGACAUUGUGGACAGCAUUGAAAUACCGAACCGGGGCCGCUGUAAGGUCUAUAUUGCCCGUUACAGUUAUGAUCCGUAUAAACAAUCGCCAAACGACAACCCAGAACAGGAACUACAGCUAUUGGCCGGCGAUUUUGUAUUGAUCUUCGGCAACGUAGACGAAGACGGUUUCUAUUUUGGCGAAUGUCUGGACGGCCGACGCGGUCUAAUACCGUCCAACUUUGUUGAAAAGCUUACCGGCGAAGAUCUGUUCGAAUUUCAGGCCAGUGUACUAUACGGCCGCGACUCCGAGUCCGAUACGGCCAGCUAUCCGCCAGAGUUUUACGACGCCAUACUCAAUGAUCAGAUGUGUCACUCGAACUUCCAGCACCUGUUGGCGCCCGAUGACUUCCACCGUAUCAACGAUUACAUUGAUUUGGAGGACAUCACCGAAAUAGAUGAAGACGUAUCUGAUUUGGAAAGGGCUGAAGAUCUAACUGCAAAGAGCACCGUGGCACCGCCACAGCGUCUACUACUUGAGCGCCAGUUGCAUAAGAGUGUCCUAAUUGGUUGGCUUCAUCCGGAGUGUCCCAAGAGUUUCAUCGAGUCCUUCCAGAUCUAUGUCGAUGGUGUACUCAAAGCAACGAUUCCCAGCGGUGACAGAACUAAAGCAUUGGUAGAGGGCGUCGACUCUUCAAUGCCUCAUAGGAUAAGCGUGCGAGCAAUGGACAGGGGUGGACGGCAAUCAAAAGACCCGGCAUGUACUGUAGUUAUAGGCAAAAGCAUACCGUUUGCGCCCUGUUGUGUAAAGGCAUCGAACAUAACAUCGGAUACGGCUAUCAUAUCAUGGUUACCGUGUAAUUCAAACUUCUAUCACGUAGUGGCCGUCAACAGUGUUGAGGUGCGUACAGUACGGCCGUCGGUCUACAAGCACCUGAUUACUGGUCUGGCGGCCAAUACGAUGUAUCGGGUGUCAGUACGUGCCAAACCCGGCAAACUGUUAUGCAGUGAUGAGAAGAAUCCGAAAAAACUGGAAAUGCUCACAACGUUUGUCGACUUUAGGACGUUACCAAAAAGUCUUCCCGAUCCACCAGUUGAUGUUCAGAUAGAGUCCGGUCCUCAAGAGGGAACACUACUGGUUACGUGGCUUCCCGUCACACUUAACCAGUUCGGCACAUCAAACAACUGUCCGGUAACCGGAUAUGCCGUGUUUGCCGGCCAUAAAAAGCUUUCGGAAAUUGAUAGUCCAACUGGUGAUCACGCGCUCCUGGAGAUAGCCUUGUUGGAGCACUUGCACAAAAAGGCGGUCACCGUUAGGACAAAGUCUGGUGAGAACCUGUCCCAGGACUCUAUGCCCUGUCAGAUACCGGACGAGUUACUCAAGUGUCCUCCCAUGCAAUUGCACUCCAAUAGAAAGACGCAUCAUUCGGACUCAGAGUCAGAUACAGAGUUUACGCAACUGAUGCAGAGCGUAGUCAGACGAUCACAAGCAUUUGAUCCAAUGAAUCACAAUCAUCAGAUGGCUUACGACGCGCACCGAACAAACAAACUGAUGGCCGGCACCGGUCGGCCAUUGCAGCGAACAAGUGCUACAAACCGUGCCCUUCAGCAGCAGCAGCGUCACCAUCAUCUGCAGCAACAGCAACAACAGCUACUGCAACAACAGAGUCACCAUCAUAUGUCAUCGCAUCCACAAACACAUCACAUUACGGGUCAGGCCAUCGGUGGUGGUAGUCAUCAUCCGCAUCACACACACCACGGCAUGAGCGACGGUCUUGGCGGCGACGGCCGUAUGACAAUACCGGCCAUCGAGAUUACAAAAGACACGCCCAGCGAGAGUAUCAAUCCUAUUGAAAGCUAUUCGGAGGAAGAGUUUGACGCCUCGAUGCGCAGGACAGCUGGCGGCAGGAUUGUCGGCGGCGGUCCGUACGGCGCCUCUCCAGUGCCACCACAACGAACACGUGCUAUUAGUGAUUACGAGAGAUCCCAUUUUGGUCCCUCCGAUCACCCAAAUCGUAGACUAGUUUCCAGCGCUCAGAUGCAGCGCGAUAGGGAGCGAGGCAUCCGAUGGUUCGUCGCUCUCUUCGACUACGACCCGCUCACUAUGUCUCCCAAUCCCGACGCCGCCGAAGAGGAGCUACCCUUCCAAGAGGGACAGCUUAUCAAAAUUUUUGGUGAUAAAGACGCCGACGGCUUCUACAGAGGCGAAGCCAACGGACGGAUAGGAUUUGUGCCGUGCAAUAUGGUGUCUGAAGCGCAAUACGACAACGAAACCGAUAUGAGACUCAGACAGCAUCAGCAGAUGGCUGGCCCAGGCGGCAGUGCCGGCCCUGCUGGUGAUCCCUGGUCUCACCUUAAUGUCAGAAAAAUGGUCGCCCUCUACGACUACGAUCCGCAAGAAUUAUCGCCAAACGUGGACGCAGAGAUGGAACUGGCCUUCAAUACCGGUGAUAUUGUCUAUGUCUACGGAGACAUGGAUGAGGACGGCUUCUAUAUGGGCGAUGUCAACGGUGUCCGGGGACUCGUUCCCUCAAAUUUUCUAUCGGAAGUACCGUCUGGAGGCGGCGGCGGACCCACUGGUGGUACGGGUCCUUCUCAAAUGGGACCAGUAGGAAUGCAAGGUGCACCAGGCCUAGUAGGACCAUCCGGCACGGUUGGUAAUAUUGGUGCGCCAGCACCUAUCGGGACCAGUACAGCGGUCACGGCAGCAUCGGCAGCAACAGCUCCGGGCGAUCCCAAUGCUCGUCAUGGCAGACACCCGUCCCAACUGGUGGGGGGCCAAUCAAUGUUGGGUCAAAGAGGCGACCUUCACAUGAUGGUCGGACAGCAACCGGUGCACCCCAUGUCGGGUCCCCAUAUGCCGGGCCAGCAGCAGCCGGGAGUGGGAUAUCCCGGCGACACUCGACGGACUGCCGGAGCUAUGGGCCAACCAUAUAUGGGUCCACAGGGCCAACUAAUAUACCCAUCGGGCCAGCAGCAGGGCAGCGGCCAAUACCCGUACACCCAGCAGUCGGGCCAUCCAAUGUCGGGCCAGCAACAGGGAUACAACCAACAGCAGCACUACCAGCAACAGCAACAACAGGCGGGCCAGCAAAUGCUCGGCCGGGGUAUGAGACAACAGGUACCCCCACAGGGACCAAUGGGGGCAAUGGGUCCAAUGGGCCCGCACGGUAUGCAAUCGGCGGGCAGCCAUCACCAGCAGGGCUACAACGCAAUGUUUCCAACCGGCGGAGUAACAAUGCCUGGCAAUAAACAACGGCCAACCAGUCUGGACUUGCACAGUGCCACCAAUAACCCCCGGCUCAAUCAGCCCAACCUACAAAACCAAUCGCAACAACAACAACAGCAAACGGGAAGCGGAAUGUUAGGCUCGCUGUUUGCCAGCGGCAAGAAAAUACUCGAAGAAGCGACCACACCGUUGGGCGCCAGAGGACCGCUCGCACAUCCCAACCAAAGUCACGCACCUAUGGGCCAUCAUCCCCUAACCGGUCAGGCAGGGUAUGACCAGUACGGACCAAAUGCCGGACCCCUUCACCAUCAACAACAGCAACAACAACAACUUCAUCAACAGCAGCAGCAUAUGUACGGCCAAACUGGUGGUCAGCCAAUGAUGGCCACCGGCCAGGGAAUGCCUGGUCAGGGUAUGCCUGGCCAGGGUAUGCCCGGCCAACAGGGAGGCACCAUAUUGAACACCAUGAAAAACAUAUUCAAAUUAUGAGUUUCUCAUAUUAGAUGCCAUUUCAUUAUAUUAAUUAAUUAUUAAACAAUAAUACUGAUAAUAAUA